AUGAGGUCUCUGGUCUUCGUUCUGCUCAUUGGAGCUGCUUUUGCCCUGGAUGACGACAAGAUCGUCGGAGGGUUUGAGUGCACACCUUACUCUGAGCCCCAUCAGGUGUCUCUGAACUCUGGCUACCACUUCUGUGGUGGCUCCCUGGUCAAUCAGAACUGGGUUGUGUCUGCUGCUCACUGCUACAAAUCUCGUAUCCAGGUGCGUCUUGGAGAGCACGACAUUUCGGUCAAUGAGGGAACUGAGCAGUUCAUCGACUCCUCCCGUGUCAUCGCCCAUCCACAGUAUGAUUCCUGGAAUAUUGACAACGACAUCAUGCUGAUCCAGCUGAGCCAACCUGCCACCCUCAACAGUUAUGUGCAGCCUGUGCCUCUGCCCAGUAGCUGUGCUCCCGCUGGCACCAUGUGCACAGUCUCUGGAUGGGGCAACACCAUGAGCUCUACUGCUAAUCAGGACAGGCUGCAGUGCCUGAACAUCCCCAUCCUGUCCUACAGUGACUGUAAUAACUCCUACCCUGGCAUGAUCACUGACUCCAUGUUCUGCGCUGGAUACCUGGAGGGAGGCAAGGACUCUUGCCAGGGUGACUCUGGUGGCCCUGUUGUGUGCAACGGUGAGCUGCAGGGUAUUGUGUCCUGGGGCUACGGAUGUGCUGAGAGGGACCACCCUGGUGUUUAUACCAAGGUCUGCAUCUUCAACGACUGGAUUCAGCAAACCAUGGCCAGCUAUUAAGUCUGAUCCUUCAAUCACCACUCUGCUUGGCU